AUGCGCCUGUUCGUCGGGGGCCUGCCCCCUGACAUUACAAAGCGCGAUGUGGAGGGCCGCUUCGCGCCGUUUGGGGCCGUUGCUGGCUGCGACAUCGUCCCCAGCAAGGGCCUCGGCGCCAGCCCUGGCGAAUGCCGCGGCUUUGCCUAUGUCGAUUUCGAGCCGAAGGACAAUGCAUCCCUGGCGCGCUGCCUGAGCCUG